AUGGCCGCCUUCGAGCCGAUCCAGGCCAAGAUUGAGGACUUGGAGGAAAUUAUCGAUUUCCUGUACUCGGAUUUUUUCAAAAAUGAUCCAUUGACCGUCAUGAAAGUGCCUCGAGAAAUGUCGGAGGAGAUGACUCGAGGUGUUGUUACAAAGGGGGAAAUGGUCGCACUUCGAAGCGCCACGAUUCGCACACGGGACGAGCCCACCUACAUCAAAAUCGACAAGGAAUCCGAGGCGCAGCACAUCUUCUUCCAGUUCAACCGGAAAAUCUUCGCAAAGAUCUCGCUGUGGGACAUUUUGCCCAAAGAAAUUGAGCGUGUUCUGUGGAUCUCGUUGAUCUCGGUGCGACUGGAUUAUACGAGAAAAGGUCUGGCAAAGAGGCUGGUAACGUUCGAUCAGGACGCUUGGAAAGAGCAGGGUCUUCAGUCUGCUUGUGCUAUUGCGGCGGCUAUCAAAUCUCAAAAGCUAUUCACGGGUCUCGGGUUCAAUGUGCUCGCCGAGGUGCUUCAUGAGGACAUUGUUUCCGACGAGGACGGUACGCGAAUCGUCCAAUGUAUUGACGGAACUGAUCGCCAUCAAUGUCUCAAAGAUCCCCUGGAAAUAAACACGCACCUUUUUCACCGCGCUGACCUCGGCACCAACCCGGGGCUAAGCUACAGAAAGGCGGUCAUCGAGUUGUUUUAUGACGUCAUUUCACCGUAUUCCUGGAUCCAGUUCGAAGCUCUGAGCCGGUAUGCAAAGGUCUGGCCCGUUGAGCUGAAGCUGAAACCUUUCUAUUUGGGUGGAGUGAUGAAAGCCGCAGGAAAUCGUCCCCCUAUGACCGUGCCCGCGAAAGGGGUCUACAUGCUGAAGGAUCUGCAGCAGAACAACCGCUAUUGGGGUACCCAUCUGAAUACACCUUCGAAUUUCGCCGAGAUUGUGAUGGGCAAGACCACGAUCCAGGCUCAACGAAUGCUAGCUGCAGUCGCGGAAGUUGAGCCGGAAAAGCUAGAAGAAACUUCCCGCGAAUUGUGGCGUCGCAUCUGGAGCCGAGGGGAAUCAAUCUUCGAAGCCGAUGAUUUCCAACAAACCGCCAAAACGGUUGGAAUCAAAAACACAAAGCGCGUAUUCGAGCUGAUGAAGGACGAGAAAAUCAAGAAGACGAUUAGCUCAAAUGUGGAAAAGGCGGUCGAGAGCGGGGCCUUCGGAGCGCCUUGGACCAUUGUCACCCUCCCCAACGGAGAAUCAGAAACGUUCUUCGGCUCGGAUCGAAUGCAUUUGAUUGCCGACUACAUUGGUGUGCCCUUCGAAGGACCGCUCAAGCAACACGCCGCCAAACUA